GCACGCGAAUCCUCAUGCUGGCAUCCCGUAUCCGUCCAACCAUCCAAAUAAUGCGCUCAUUAAUCCCUCGAUCCUUUUUUAUGUCGAUCCAAAUCGCCUAGAUUAGGGAAAUGACACAUUUCCCUUAACAAACACCUAAUCGAAUCCUCGUGCUGGCAUCCCGUAUCCAUCCAUCCAUCUUCUCUCCCGCUCUAACCGAUUCAUUGCGCUCAUUAAUCCCUCGAUUCUCUUUUAUUUGGAUCCAAUCCAAUCCAAAUCCAUCCAAAUAAUGCUCACGUUUUAUCAUCUCUACUCUAUAAUAAAGCCCAACGCCAUACCAUUUGGAUCCAUAUCUCCAUCAGCAAUCAGGCACUCCUCCCCCAUUCCUGACAAAAUCCAUGGAGGCCAGCGCGGCGGAGAAGGCUCCGGUGACGGCGAGCGGUGGCGCCCGGCGGGUGCUGCUGUUCCCGCUGCCGUUCCAGGGCCACCUGAACCCGAUGCUGCAGCUGGCGGACGUGCUGCACGCCCGGGGCCUCCGCGUCACCGUCUUCCACGCCGCCUUCAACGCACCGGACCGCGUGGCAGGGUACCACUUCGUGCCCGUCGGCGCCGGCGUGCCGACGGCCGACCUCGUCCCCACCGGCAGCAACGCCGACUUCGCCGGGGCGCUGCUGCGCAUCAACGAGCGCCUGCAGGGGCCUUUCGAGGACAGCCUCCGCGAGGUGCUGCAGGAGGAGGACCAUGAGGGAGCGCGGCCGGCGUGCCUCGUGCUGGACUCUAACCUCCGGAGCAUGCAGGUGGUCGCGGACCGGCUCGGCGUGCCGACGCUAGUGCUGCGCACGGGUGGCGCCGCCUGCCUCGUGGCCUACAUGGCCUUCCCGGCGCUCUGCGACAAGGGCCUCCUCCCGCCACAAGACCAUUCGCAACUGAACUUGCCACUGGAUGAUCUCCCACCACUCCGCCUGCAAGACAUGGUCUUCUCAACCACAACUCCACAUGAAACGAUGACCACCUGCCUAGAACGCAUUGUGGAAUCGGCAAAGUGUUCUUCAGGUGUCAUCCUCAACACCUUCAAUGACCUCGAAGGUGUCGAGCUCCGAAAGAUCAUUGAUGGCGUGGGUGUCCCGGUGUAUGCGAUUGGUCCUCUUUACAAGAUAUCCUCAGGUGUCAAAAGCAGCCUGUUGUCUUCGGAUCAAACUUGUUUGGAUUGGCUGGACAAGCAAGAGGCAAAGUCUGUUUUGUUCGUGAGCUUUGGGAGCUUGGCUUCCAUGGAUCAGGAAGAGCUAGUGGAGACUGCAUGGGGCUUGGCCAAUAGCCGCAUGCCAUUUCUUUGGGUCAUCAGGCCUGACGCGGUUCAUGGUUCAGGGAACGUAGGCCUACCUGACGGCUUUGAGGAAGAGACACAAGGUACGGGGAUGGUGGUGAGUUGGGCUCCACAACAAGAUGUUCUUGGGCACCAAGCAAUUGGUGGCUUUUGGACCCAUAACGGCUGGAACUCAACAUUGGAAAGCAUAUGCGAGGGUGUUCCGAUGAUAUGUAGACCUCAUUUUGCUGACCAAAUGAUAAAUGCCAGGUAUGUCGAGGAGGUGUGGAAAGUAGGGUUUGAGUUAGAGGGCAAGUUGGAGCGGGGGAACAUUGAGAGGGGUAUUAGAAAGUUGUUGUGCGAAGAAGGUGGAGAGAUGAGGCGAAGAGCAGAUGAUCUCAAGGACAAAGCAACCCGGUGUAUAAAGAAAGGCGGCUCUUCUCAAACUAUGGUUGAUUUGCUGGUGAACUGCAUAAUGUCAUUACCUUCUUCCAUUUCGAUGGGAUUAGUUUGAUAUUUUCAUAUUGAGUCUUUCCUAAAGCUGGUAAUGUUGUUAGCCCGGACAUGUUUUGCAAAUGAGUGAACUCUUACAUAUAUCUUAAUAUAUUUUUUGCCAA